AUGGACUAUUUGGAUCCCAACACUCGUGCAAGAAUCAUGGAUAUCAUUCAGUCUCGUGACACAGGGGAAGGAAGGAGUAUUGAAGAGUUGACGAAAACUCAAGAGAUGCUGAAAGGCCAAGAAUCUGAGCGUCUGAGAACGUUCUGUACCACCCAGUCGAUGGUUCCCGGCCGCGACCUUGAUGCCUACGGCAUGCUACUCGCCACCGCCGACCUCAUCAAAAUACGGGAAGACUUCGACAUGCGAACACCUGGAGAAGCCGCCCGUGCAGCCGCAGCUGAUGAACUCUAUCAAAUGCGCUGGGGCCCAACUCGGGUUCCGAUUUACAACCUUUUAGGCUUGUGCACGCUUCUUUACCCUCCAGAGCGGACUUCAUAUCUUAGCAUCGCGAAGUAUCUCAUUAGUACGGCCCGAGUUCCGGUAGACGGAACAGACCUUUCUGGCACCCGUGCUCUAUCACAUUGCUUCUCCACGAAGCCCGGCUUUGACCUCGAAUACGCACAGAUUCUCUAUGAUGCAGGCGGAGAUGUCAACUCCCGUAACCGCUACGGGUCGACUGUUGCACAGGAGAUUGUCCAAGUCUACGAGCCAGGCGACCGCGAUGCUGUCAACCGGGCACAUGCUGCAUUGGAAUGGUUUUUCCUGCACGGCGGUAAUAUCGAUCUCGCCGACGGGGACGGGUUUACUGUUCGGGUGACCAUCGAUAGGACACUACGGAAGAUACCGAUGUUGAAGGGAAUCACGAAGCUUAUGAACGCGGAGGAUGCCAGACGGCAGGCGCUUGGGGAUACGUGCUGUGCGUUAUGUGCACGGACCGGGGAGAGUACGACAUUGGCACGCUGUGGGAAAUGCAAGAAGGUUCGGUACUGUGUGCCAGGAUUGCGUGCUUGCCAGACUUUGGACUGGCCGAAGCACAAGAAGACCUGCAAGAAAUUUUAG